CCAGAACUUUGGCGUUCCAGCAUACGGGCCUGACUCGCAUCAUUUCGUCCCAACAGCCACAGUGCCAUACGCGAAUGUGCCGCAAUACCCGAGUGUAUUUGGCUUACGGUUUCGGCAAGAGGGCCACAUCUCCGCCGACCAUGUGAAUCAAUAUGCUGCCUCGAUACAUUCCCAACCGAAUGCAAAUGCGCCUUUCCGGCAUCACCCGAGUACUGAGUGAGAAGACAACGGCAUGUUCGCCUGAGACGAGCCACUGAUCAUGUGCCUAGUGACGAGAAUAGAGAAACAGCUAUGGGCGCCUUGACGCCCAUAGAGACAACACCUAGGAGAACUGCCGGUAGGGGAAUGACUUCACCUUCCCCAUCUUUUCAACUUCGAGAGCCGCCCGGACAACAAGUUGCCUGCCAGUGGUGCGGAAAGAUCCUGACGGGCCCUCAUGCGCCGGGAAACCUCACCCGGCAUCAGAAGAGUAAGGAGUGUGUGUCAGAUCGCCAACGGAAGGAGUACACAUGUUCUGUUGAGGGGUGUGGAAGGAAAUACGCACGGUCCGACGGACUCCGCAAUCACGAGCGGAAAGUGCACAACGCCCCAGGACCAGCACGGCGGAACGUACCCGAGAGUCCUUUCAGAACUGACAGCAACUCCGGCUAUGUGGGACACAGAUUGGACGAUCAUCCCCCAGGCUGGCCUGACUUAUGAACCCAUGGCGGCCGGCACCUAGGUUGCAUGUUCCUCUCGCGAUCGCGAUCCCGUCCGUGUCCACUUUCGGCCUGGGGCCACUGCAACAGUGUACAUUCAUCUCAGGAAGAGCAGUUAGAAAGGAUAAUAAGUCCCAUUGUUUGCGUCUGUUCGGUAUGGGCGUCAAUGGACGCGGUCUUGGCAGGCAUUCGAGGGAAGCGUAGUGGGACUGGUAAGAGAAGAGCGGCCAGUCGUUGCAGCUGUUGCAUUAAGAUGUGAGGUUUUUGGCGUUGGGUUCUUUAUUGACAUCAGUUUCUUCUGCUUCCUUCACAAUGGCAUUUCCUCACCUCCAGCCUGAUGUGCUUGUGUCUGCGCCUCGCUCCUCGCCUUCUCCAACAUGGGAUUAGAAAGGAUAUGAGAUCAUUAGCUGCCGCAGCCGACCGUCACGAUGCGAGGACGUGCAAGAGACGUUAGUGUAAAGAGGAGAGGCAUUGUGGUUAUGGAAAGAAGGUG